AUGCCAACCCUCAAAACUCCCUUAUCCCGCCACCGCGCGUUCUACACUGGAACCAUAACGCUCCACCUCCUCUUCAUGAUAUCCUGCUACAUCAUAGCUCUAGAGUCGAGCAUCUCCCCAUCGACUUGCAGGUUUCUUCACUCUCCCCCCCAACCUCCCCAGCUCCCCUAUACUAACGGAAACCAGUAUAAACACGGUCCCGACCGCUGUAACGCUCGUAUUCCUCGUGGCGAUGGCCUACACCGCACACGACAAGCGCGGAAUCUUCCGUGGCUCGCUGGAAAAGUAUGGCGUUGCGAUCACUGUGCUGUGGUGCGCCAUGGUGGGGGUUAACGCUAUCUUGAUGGGGCGGAAUGGUGGGGUCUGUAUUGCACUGGUUAUUGGGAAUACGUUGCGUUCUGUCCUCUCCGCCCUUGUCUGUUUGAAGGGUGGGGGUUGGGCUGACGGGGUGUGUCUAGGAUGUUCGGGACGGCUUACUCUUCGUACGGGUUCAUGCUACCGGAGCAGCGGGAGGGGGUUUGGUGGGAGGGGGGGUAUCUGAGUGGGGAGGGGGGGGUGAGGGCUGUUGGGUGAAUUCUGGUGAGUUUUUUUUUUUGGGGGGGGUGCAUUUCGUGGCUUUGGGUUGCGGGUUUACUGAUUAUAUAUACGUAGAUAUUUGGCCGGGUGGUUAGCUGUAGGUGUAUACUUGUGAGCUCUGAUGUUUGUCUGUUUGACUGUCUGGAUACUGGAUUGUGAAGUCGUUGUCGACAGCCAGGUCUUUGGCUCCAUAACGGCGCUGGGCGUGUAG